AUGGUAGUUCCUCAAGCUGACAUGGUCAGCAAUGGUGCUGACAGUGCUUCAAAAAGCAAGGUCGACGGGAAGGCCAUAAAAUCCAAAAACCAGCUCCGACGCCUAAAGCAGAAGCAGAAGAAGCAGGCGGAACAAAAUAAGGAGAGAUCUCGUAGCGAAUCUGUUACUGAGAGUGAACGCGAGGAGGAAAGACCAUCUAAUGUUGAGUACGUGUCUGAGCAGUUGGAUCUCAGCGACGCCGGCCUUGAAGCAUUUUCCGACGUAUUUGCUCGUUUCCAGCUUCCACCUGAUGAAUCUUCAGGGAAGGCUUCUGAUGGCAAUAACAAAGGAGAAGUGAUCUACUCCGACGACGAUAUGGCCUCCGAAGGGGACUCAGAUGCUGAAGCUAAACCUCUCUCAAAGAAAAAAGCGCGGAAAAUGGCGCGAUUGACGGUCGCAGAACUGAAGCAACUGGUGAAGAAGCCCGAAGUCGUCGAAUGGACAGAUGUCACUGCGGCUGACCCACGGUUGCUGUUGCACCUCAAAUCUUACAGAAACACCGUCCCAAUCCCGAUCCACUGGAGUGCGAAACGUGACUACCUGCAAGGCAAACGAGGUAUCGAGAAACCACCCUUCCAGCUGCCGGCGUACAUCGCAGACACGGGAAUUGCAACAAUGCGCGAUGCAGUGAAGGAGAAGGAGGCAAACAUGAGUCUCAAGGCGAAGACAAGAGAGCGAGUGCAGCCCAAGAUGGGUAAAGUGGAUAUCGACUAUCAGAAACUACACGAUGCAUUCUUCAAGUUCCAAACGAAGCCGCCAGUGACUGGGUUCGGAGAGAUGUACUACGAAGGAAAGGAAUUCGAGACGUCACUGAAGGAGAAGCGACCUGGAGAUCUCUCACCGGAACUUGUAGAAGCGUUGUCGAUCCCUCCCCUUGCACCACCUCCAUGGCUUAUCAGCAUGCAACGAUUCGGUCCUCCUCCAAGUUACCCAACCCUGCGGAUACCUGGUCUCAACGCGCCUAUUCCAGAAGGUGCACAGUGGGGUUUCCAUCCAGGUGGAUGGGGUAAACCUCCCCUUGACGAAUAUAACCGACCACUUUAUGGCGAUGUUUUCGGUGUGCUACCCAAGGCCGGAGAUUCCGGAAUUGGUGAACCUAUUUCAAAAGAGUUGUGGGGAGAAUUGGAACCAGAAGAGGGUUCGUCUCAAGACGAGGAGUCCGAAGAAUCAGAAGAAGAAUCCGACGAGGAAGAGACAAACGAACCUACACCAGCAGACGGCAUGCAGACACCUUCCGGAUUGGAAACCCCAUCAGGCAUGACGAGUGUUGUAUCAACUGUUGCUGGCGGAUUGGAAACCCCCGAUUUCCUGGAGCUGAGGAAGGGCAGGUCGGUGUCGGAGGCGAUGGAAGCUUCUUCGGGCCCAAGAUCGCUAUACCAGGUCGUACCAGAGAAGCAGACGUCUGUCCGUGGUCUCAUGGGCAGCGAGCGUGGGUACGACGUCAGUGCCGUUGCUGGUGCGCCUAUACCUGUGUUGGGAGACGAGCGCGGCACCAAGCGAAAAGCAAAUGGUGUUGAUGUCUCAAUCGAUGCUUCAGAGCUCGAAGGCUUAUCGGAAGAAGAGCUGCGCCGCAAAUACGACGCACAUGCACGGGGCAACGCGGGCGUCCCCGGAAGCGGGCGCAGCGAAGAUUUUUCCGACAUGGUUGCGAAAGAGAUGGCGAAGAAGAAGCAGAAGAUGGACAGAGAGAGGGAAGGCAAGAAGAGCGGCAAGGAGUUCAAGUUUUAG